AGGAAAGCACUAAUAAAUAACGUUAAGAAAGAUACGUUAUAAUAAUGCGUAUAUUAGACUUUACAUUUAAAAUAUUGACGAUCUGCGGCUGCGGACGACCGGACUCCUGGACAACACCGUACAAACGGUUAGUCUAUUACGUAUACACAAUUUUCAUAUUGCUGCUAAUACAUACGUUUAUGUUAUCGCAACUGAUGGAUUUGAUUAUGACUGUGGACAAUUCCGAUGAUUUUACCGAUAAUUUCUACGUACUACUUGCCAUGAUUGUUUCUUGCUGCAAGAUGUUUGCUCUAUUAAUAAAUCGCAACAACAUUGAUAUGUUAAUUGAUACUCUUAUGAGAAAACCGCUUCAGCCGAUUGAAUCUGAUGAAAUGGAAAUUCGACAAAGAUAUGAGAGAUUAAUACAAUCAAAUACAUUUUACUACGUUAUUUUGGUCGAGACAACGUGUCUGUGUGUUACCAUAACGUCGAUAUUGACAGAAUUUAAAAAAGGCAAAUUGACAUUUCGGGCAUGGCUGCCAUUCGAUUACUCGUCACCUCUACUAUUUCUCUUUGUAUACGCUCAUCAAUUAAUAAGUUUUACAGUCGGAUCUGUUCAUCAUGUUGCUUGCGACAGUCUUAUAUGCGGAUUAUUAGUGCAUAUUUGCUCUCAACUAGAGAUAUUGGAAUGUCGUAUAAGAAAAGGCACACGUAAUCCGAAAAUUCUUCAAGACUGUGCUCUUCAGCACAAUCAUAUAUUCAAGUUCGCUCAUAUGGUAAAUGAUAAAUUCAGAAUAACUAUAUUUAUUCAAUUUAUUGUAAGUACGCUAGUAGUGUGUUUCAAUUUGUAUCAAUUUACUAAGUCAACCGCAUUAAGAGCAAAGUAUAUGCAAUUAAUACUGUAUAUGUGCUCCAUGCUAUCGCAAAUAUUUUUUUAUUGCUGGUGCGGGAAUGAAGUUAAAUUAAGAAGUCGGCAAUUGGUGAAUAAUGUGUUUGAGAUGGAGUGGUUCGAACUGAAUGAAAAUGCCAAAAAAAUUUUAUUAUUGAUCAUGAGACGCGGUAUAGUACCAAUAGAAUUUACCAGUGCCUCUGUUAUUUCUAUGAAUCUUGAUUCAUUUGUGGGUUUACUCAAAACAUCGUAUUCUGCUUACAAUAUACUUCAGCAAACGCAAGAUUCAUAAUAUUAGAUACCAAUUAAAAAAAAAUAGUGGC